AUGGAUGCAUCGUGGUCUGAUGCAGGCAGGCACGGACCCAGCGGUUGCAUCAGUAACUGCAACACAUACUUAUUAACAGCCGAGCGUCUUGUCCUGCAUGCCUCAUGCAGCAACUGUGACAGUGGAGAUGUGUCUUUCCAAUGGAGUCUUCAAUCAGAUGAUAGCUCAAUUAUAAGUGAUAUAUCUACCCAGACUACGACAGGUCUUGACCAAUCCUACCUGGUCAUCAAACCUCAUACCUUUGAUUCCUUUUCUGAAAGCACUGGCAUUGCUUUACAAGUUACAGGUUACCUGUCCAAUUCCACUUCAGGCGGCUAUUCUGAAUUCAGUGUCCAACUCAAUGCUCCACCCACAUUAGGCAACUGUUCUGUUACACCCAUAGAAGGUUAUGCCUUACAAACUGACUUCACUGUGACAUGUCAAGGAUUUACUGAUGUGGAUAACCCCCUAACUUAUGAGAUUAUGUCGUACAGUGAUGUCAAAGUUGCGGAUGGAGACUUCAUUGGUGUUGGAGAAGGUUUUCAACUACAUGAAGGCAGUGAGUCAUCACAGGAUGGUUUCAAUCUCCCCGUUGGAGAUGGUGCACAUGAUUAUACUAUCCUGUUUCAGGUUAAUGUGAAAGACAACUUCAUGGCUAGUACAUCAGUGUUCUUUACAUGUAUGGUCCGCCCUCCUACCAUAGAUACUGGAGGGGCAAACAUGACUCAGGAACUGCUGAACAUGACAUCGUCUGUUGAAUCCAGUGUGAAUACGUUAUUAGCAGUGGGAGAUACAGGACAAGCUACGCAGUUGAUCAGUGCCCUUGGUUCAAUCCUGAAUUCCAUUGGAGAUGGGGAUGAUGAUGCUGCUGCUGAUGAUGAAGGGAGGGAUACCAGAUCAGAGAUCCGCUCUACUCUUGUUGACUCUAUUGCUGCUAUACCAGUGGAGUCCAUGACAUCCCUGAAACAAAGUUCUGCUGCCCUCGCUGUCAUUACUCAAAACAAGCAAGAAAUUUCUACUGACGUACAGGUAAAAGCCGCAAAUGCACUGUCUGAAAUGACAUCCUUUCUGAAAGCUGAAUCUGGGUCUCAUACUCAAGGUCAAAGUACUAUAGAGUCUGCUGGUACCGUUCUGGUUGAGGGGUUGUCGAAUAUCUUCAGUGCUGCCAAGGAAACUCAAACUCACAUUUCUAACAAAACUUCUCCAGUUGAAGCUGAAGAUGAGGCAACACCCAAUAAGAACCUGACCGAAGUUGCCCUAUCAGCAAUCAAUGACAUCCAAGAUGCAAUAGUUGCAGGCAAGAUUCCCAGUGAAGAAGCGACCAUCAUAACAUCUCCUACACUUAGCUUAGCAGUGGGGAGUAUCAGCAAGGAAAAGCUGGCUGAGACAACCUUUGGAGGUUCAGAUGAUGAUGAUGGUAUUGGUAGAUUUGAAAUGCCAUCUCAAGAAGGUGUGUUGGAUGAUACUCUAAGCAACGUUAAUGGGACAGUGGUUAGCUUGCAGACAUCAGCUCUGAGAUGGAACCCUUUCAGUUGGGGAGCUGGUAGUGACUCCCUGAACUCUAGUAUCAUUGGAAUACAGUUGAAAGUGGAUAACAAUGCAUUACAAGUCAAAGACCUGUCUGAUGACAUCAGUGUGUACCUACCAGUAGAAGAACCCUUUAUAGGUGACCCAAUGGUUGUCCAUAUCACCAAGGAGUUCUCCGCAUCUAUCUCUGUCAACCAAUCAUCGCUCCCAGAGGACGGGGCCUUACACCUUAGAGUCUUAGCUGAGAAUGAACCCUUAGUAGUCCUUACAGUCUGCAUUACCAAUAUUACUAUCAAUGAGACCAGCUGUGUUGGUAAUGCUACUGUGGUACGUGCCACCAAUGAGGAUAGUGUUGUGAAUUUUACAUGGAGCAUCUCUGUAGCUGACCUAAAAGUUGCAGAUGGUAUAAUGAUAAGUCUGUAUGAUGGUAUAGAUGAACCUCUCUAUGUACAUGACAACAUCACACUCUCUGUUUUCAUGCAUACAUCACAAUGUACUUUUUGGAAUGAAGAUGAAGAGUCAUGGGACAGCACAGGGUGUAAGGUCGGUCCUCUCUCUAAGCCCUCGUCAACCCACUGUCUCUGCAAUCAUCUGACCUUCUUUGGGUCAGCACUCUUUGUUCCACCAAACAAGAUCAAUAUCUUCCAGGAUGCUAAGUUAUUCCUGACCUUUGUGGAUAACCCCAUUGUGGUCAGCUUUGUGAUGUGUAUUCUGGCAGGCUUUGUCUUAGUGGCGGUAUGGGCAAGGAGGAAGGAUAAACGAGAUGCUGCAAGAGCUGCAGUCACUGUGUUGGAUGACAAUGACCCAUUCCAUCAUUACCGUUAUGAUGUCACCAUAGUCACAGGGAUGCGCCGUGGUUCAGGCACAACAGCAACUGUUACACUAACUCUGAUGGGCAAGAAUGGUCGCAGCGAUCCACACGUCCUGCAUGACAGGUUCUCACCUGUCUUGACCAGAGGUUCGACAGAUUCGUUCUUGUUGACCACUGCAGAAGGUCUCGGAGAAAUUCAAUCUUUAAGGCUGUGGCAUAACAAUGCUGGCACUAGUCCUCACUGGUAUGUGAGCCAUUGCGUAGUCCAUGAUCUGGAGAGUGACGAGCGCUACUACUUCAUCUGCAACAGUUGGAUGAUGAUUGGAGGUGGAGGGGUUGGUCUUGACAACACCUUCCAUAUUGCAUCAUCCAAAGACUUGCACAAGUUUGGACACCUGUUCACUGCCAGGACUGUACGUGAUCUGCGUGAUGGCCAUCUGUGGUUGUCUGUUCUGAUGCGUCCAAAGCACAGUAACUUCACCUGUCUGCAGCGAGCAUUCUGUUGCCUGUCCCUUCUCAUGUGCUCUAUGAUGACAAGCAUUAUGUUCUACGGAAUCCCAAAUGAUCCAGCCGAUCAGGUCAUGGACUUUGGCACUUUUAGAAUUACCAUCAAAGAGAUCAUCAUCGGCAUUGAGAGCUCUCUAAUCGCCUUCCCAAUCAAUCUCCUCAUUGUGCAGAUCUUCAGACACAUCAGGCCAAGUAUCAAACUUCGAACAGCUGCUAACAAAGAAAAAUACAUGGUAAAACUGAAGCCCGAAAUUGCCCAUUCACUUUCAAGUAUUGAAUUGACCAAGAAGGAAGAUUCGGAAAGGGAGUCUGCUGAUGAUAAAUUGACAUUAAAAAGCCUGACAAAAUCCAUCCAACAUAAAGACAGAGAAGUCUCUUCCCAACAAUCACCAGAAAGGACUUCUCGUCAUUGGGUUGGUGGAGGUGAUAGUUCUUCCACAUCUUCCAAAGAUAACAACCCUGUAAACGCCUCAUCUGCUUCUUCUACCACUUCUCUGCCAUCAUGCAUUUCUUUGAAUAGUACGCUAUUCCACCAGGAGAUGGAAGACUUUGUCCUUCGAUCCGUCUCUGCAGUCAUGAAAGAAUGGGGAAGUGACAAGAGUUCAAAGCGUGUAGAGGUAUUUGGACACGGAGGGCUAGAGAAAGUCGAUAGAACACGGAGUGAAACUACUGACGACACAACCACUCAGUCAGUCAAACAAAUACCUAAUUACGUGAAAGAGGGAAUCGAUACUGAAGAAAAUAGCCGUGACUACAAUUCUGAUCUCAUGGGAAAGAAAUGUGAUGGUUUCACCCAUAACUUCUACCUGUACUCACGGUUGAUGGAAAUGGUCAAGGAUCUAUCAGUCAUAUCUUCAGACAGGUUCUAUGACCCUGAAGAACACAAACAAGCUAUGAGGGAAGCCCAGACCAUCGUCAUGACAGCAUUGGAUAUUGAGACACCUCCCAUAUCACCUGAUGAGUCUCUGCUAUCAGAUUCUGUGGUAGAAGGAAAGAUUAAGCUGAAACAGAGAACCAGGGGUCUUCCACAUGCAUGCGUGUACAUUGCAUGGUUGUUGGUGUUUGCAACCGUGCUCGCUUCUUGUUACAUCACGAUGCUUUAUGGCCUCAAAUAUGGCAAACAAACAAGCAUCGACUGGUUGAUCUCUCUGUUUAUAGCUACCUUUCAGAGCAUCUUCAUCACACAGCCCAUCAAGGUUCUGUUCCUUGCCAUCUUUGUUUCACUUAUCUUCAAGCAGAUUGAACCAGAAGAAGACUUCAGUGAUGACAUUGAGGAACUCCAAGUAGAUGAUGCUACACAGACUCGCAGAGCACUUCAGAAACGAAGGAACACCAUCGCCCAUUACCAUCCCCCAGCUACCUCCACCAUAAACUCCCACCUGAAGAACAAGCAAUUGCAGGCUCGCAUGUAUUCCCUGCUGUGGCAGAUUGCUGGUUUCUUAUGUUUCUUCUAUCUGCUCAUCACUAUCACAUACAGUCAGAGAGAUAGGCAGGCGUACUGGAUGACCAGAGGUACAAAGGGACUCUUCUUCCAUCACAAGAAUAAAGACUAUGCAUUGAUGAAUGACUUCCGUAGUUUCCUGACGUGGGCUAACUCAACACUCCUGCCUGGUCUUCUUAGUGAGGAUAGAUGGGGAGCCGAGAAGCAAUCCACGUUGAUUGGUGGGGGUCUGAGACUAAGGCAAAUCAGGGUUAAACCAAGUUCCUGUAAAACUUACCCUUUGUUCGUAGAUCUGAUCAAUGACUGCCGAGCCCCUUUUACUUCGGAUUCAGCGGACAGGGAAUUAUACAAUGCAUCUUGGAGUCAGCCCAUAGUUAACACAUCUGCCUUCUUGAACUCAUCUCAGACAGUGGAAGAGUGGAGUCUUUCCAACUACUCUCCCUGGCACUUCUACCCAGACAGAUCUACAGGAAUGUGGGGCCACACAAUGGUCCUUCCAAACAGUGGCUACAUCUGGGUACUGGGCACCAACUACGAAGAGGCUGUGAAUUCCUUGGCAGAGAUGGUGAAUGCCCGAUGGUUGGAUGCCCGCACCAGAGCCCUCUUUGCAGAGUGGACAGCAUACAAUGCAAACACCAAUCUUUUCUGUGUAGUUACAUUCCUCAUGGAGACCCCCGCAUCUGGCGGAAUGCUGAAGCUUCCCGAGGUACAAGCAGUUAGGCUGCAUCGUUACGCUGCAAACUAUAAACUCUUUGUCAUCAUCUGUGAAAUCCUCUUUGUUUUGGCCCUCUUCUUUGUCAUGUAUCGAGAGUACCUCAGGUACAAGCCCAUCGGUAUCAGGAAGUACCUCAGUGACAAAUGGAACUUGUUGGAAAUUGCCAUCAUUGUCAACUGCUAUGUAUCUGCAGGAUUAUACACCUACCGCUACAUUAUCACCAAGCAGCUCUUCCAGGAAAUGAGAGACGAAUCAGUUCGCUUUGUAAGUUUCCGUUCUGCAGCUAGCAGUGACAAUGCUCUAGGAUAUAGCUUUGCAGUUAUCAUCAUCCUUAGCUGUGUCAAGUUUCUUUAUCUCUUGCGUCUCAACCCUCGCAUGUAUCUUCUCACUGCUGUCAUGUCUGACUGCUACCAUGAGGUCACUGCAUUCAGCUUUCUGCUCUUAGUCCUAGUACUUAGCUUUGCCUUUCCCAUGUCCAUCACCUUUGGUAGCCUUCCGGACUAUCGUGAUAUCACCAAAUCAGCAAUCACUCUCUUCAACACACUUCCAGGUAACUUUGUCUAUGAUGACUUGAUGUCCGUUAAUCGAACAAUUGGUCCGCUUACUCUUCUGAUAUUCCAGUACUGGGGCUUUUAUCUAUUUUUAGAUCUUUUGAUAGCUGCCCUCAAUGAAAGCAUGGUGACCAUCAGGAGAAAUCCUCCUCCACCUUCAGGGAACAGAAUGAUAGGUCUUCUGCUUUUGUCAAAGAUAUUCUCUUUGCUGGGUAUCCCAGGAAGGUUUCACAUAGGACUGGAUUAGAAAUAUAUAAAGCAAGAAACUG